UCCGAAUUGACGUCGCCGUCGGGACGCCCAGUGACGUCCACUGCGCAAAGGCGUCAUUGAUUCACAUAGCCUACAUUCCCGAAUCUCGUGCACUUCGGCUCCGACUGACGGGGCACCUGUAACGUUAUCGCCAUGAUUUUGGCGAUAAUCUUGUGGAGUGUGACCGCCACUUUCGGGUACAUUCCAGAUGGAAAAGACAACUUUAUGUCCGGCGUGUUCCUCCGGGAGAUCGUCAGCCGCAUGGGCAAGGACCUCCCGGAUCUAGCUUACAUGGACUUCCCCGACACCCGCCUCCCCCUUGGCGUGCGCUCCUUGAGCCGCGACAUGGAGGAGGAGCCUCUUUUCCCCCUGGACUACGACACGCUGGGUGAACCCAACAUCCACCCCAGCAUCCGGGACCAGGAAUUCCUGGAGCACUCCAGUCUCUACGGGAGUCAGUUCAUGUCGGGUGGUGCCGGGGAGGGCAAGCAGCGCUUGCGCCCCCAGGGCUCCCUCAAGAACAUCCAGGAGGUGAAGUCCGAUUCCACCUUGCCCGCCUACUGCAAUCCGCCGAACCCAUGUCCCGUGGGAUACACCGCUGAACAAGGCUGCAUCGAAGACUUUGAAAAUACAGCAUCUUAUAGCCGGAGAUACCAAGGAGCCCAGGACUGUAUGUGUGACACGGAGCAUAUGUUCGAGUGUCCCAGUCCCAAUCCUGGGGACUCCAUGGUGGACGAUUCUCUCGAUGGGUUCAACGAUUUGGAGUUUAACAGAUUUUUGCAACAUACCAUGCAGAUGAACCCGGGCUUGCAGCAUAAGAAUCUGGUUGCGAAGAAGUACCAUCAAGACAGGAAGAGCGUCCGCUCGAAUCCGUUUCUGCACGGGGAGCGGCUGCCAGUGGCUGCGAAGAAGGGCAACAACGUGGUAUUCUGAGCUGCAGCAGCACCAAAGACACUUACCAGUGGCGUCAGCUUUUCCAGUGCUGACCGAAGAAGCUGCCGCCAUCACGUAACCGACAGUCUGACCAACCGAAAACCGACGCGGCAACGAAAACGGCUGAAGAUUAAAUUCGAUGAUUUCGUCAUUUUUUGGAAGCACUUAGGAUAAUUAGAUAGUCGCUUUAAGUGUUUGAAUAAUCGUGUUUUUUAACCCUGAGAAGGCCCCAUACUGUUAAAGAACUGAGGACUCAACAUUCUCUUGUAGACAUGGCGUAUCUUAGCCAUCACAAACACUAAAUUUUGACAUGAGUGUAUCUCUCGGUGGCCGAAACGUCGGAUGACCCGGUUUUUAGUUUGUGACCUUUCGGUUACUCAGAGCUCGUAUACAUAUCAAAUCGGACUUGACGAGGUGUUGUUAAGUCGAGUAGUAGGCCCUAUUGAUUUUCGAAUGCUCUGUUGGCUACGUCUUCGGAACGUUUGAUGCAAAUUCGGGUUUAUAUCAAGCGUUUCUCCUAGCGCAACACGGCAAGGUAAAAUCAGUGCGCGACUUAAAAAUACCCUUUGAUCUACGCCAUCAACUGGUUUGAUGGGACUUACAUUGGAUAUGGAUAAGAUUCAUAUGUAUCAUUACCUUGAAAUUGGAAUCUCUCGGAUUGAAUGGAUAAAACAUUUAUUGACAAUUAUAGACUUUAUUGAUGUUCAUUCGUUAUCAAGAUUUGGUGUUUUAAGAUUUUAAACAUUUGUGUGAUUGUGAGAUGGUUGACCAUUUCACUCAUGCUUGUAAUAGCUAAUCUGAUGUGUAUUCACUAUGUUAUCUUGAACAGACCACAGCAACAUUAUGGAUCUGUUCCCUUUCAGAUGUCAAAAUAUAUAAUGUAUUCUCUUAAUGCAAACAA